CGCCUGCCUAAACCUCAUCCUGCGUCCCCUGCUCCAUCUCAAAUUCCAUAUCUGACGACACACCGGCGUUUCGUUCAUUUGUCCCUCAUAUUCCUCGGUGGAUUUGGUGGAAGCCCACGUUUCUCCCCCAAAUUGCUCGAAUCCUUUCAGUCGUUGGAUCGUUGGGGGCCAUUGCUUUGAACUCGAUCCUGUCAGGGGCAUUCUUUGCUCGUGUUAAUUGGUUUCAGCCCUGCUCGCUCUCCGCGCCAAACGUGCCGUCAUCUCAGUUGGUCGACCCCUGCCAACCAACCUUCGCAGAAGAAAUAUCCCAUUCCACGUCUAUUCCACUCUGAUCGGUCUGGAAAUCUCGGCCUGGCAAUCGCACGCGUCCAGUCAUCGCAUUGAUUGGUAAACGAGCGUCCCUUUUGUGCCUUUCGCCGGCCUGGCUGUCAAUUCAAUAUGGCGGCGAAUAGUUACUACCACGGCGCAUACAGCAGCAAUCCGCCCUCCUACGAACAAGCCAAUCCUCAGAUCGAUCGCAUAUCGACCCCAGGUCAUCCCGACUUCAGCACACAUCCUUACCAGCCUACGACCUCCGAUCCCCAACUCCAUAACAGUCAGCAAUCUUUCGGUUCCGACCAAGCAUAUGCGACCGGCGGGAGGCUGAGCGACAAUGAUCGAUAUGCGGAGAAUAUCCCUCUGAAGAGCAAUCAGUACGCCAACGGGUCCCCGCCGCCCAACUGGAUGCACCAACCUACGCAUUAUUCGCCCACGCCCGAGGAGAUCGAACCGCCGGUCGCUCCAACAGCGCGAAGGAAGAAGAAGGGUUUUUUCAACAAGAAGAUCGCUUGGGUGACAUAUACGUUUACGUUGGUUCAGAUCAUUGUGUUUAUCGUGGAAUUGGUGAAGAAUGCUCAACUCACAGGCUCUCCUAUCGAGACGAAACCCUCGUUCAACGUGAUGAUCGGGCCCUCCCCGUAUGUGCAGAUCUACAUGGGAUCGCGGUACACGCCGUGUAUGAAGAACGUCCCUGGCAUCCAGAAUGCGAAUGAAACGAUUCUAUUUCCUUGCCCGAAUGCGACCACGUCGACGGCCGCCUGCACGCUGUCCGAGUCGUGUGGCUUCAAUGGUGUCCCGAACCCUCACCCGGGGGGCUCUCUUGACGACCGACCGGAGCCCAACCAAUGGUUCCGCUUCAUUAUUCCCAUGUUCAUCCACACGGGAUUCGUUCAUAUCGGCUUCAACUUAAUUGUGCAGUUAACCAUGGGGGUCGACAUGGAGCGGAUGAUUGGCUGGUGGCGGUAUUUCCUGGUUUAUGUGGCCAGUGGUAUUUGGGGCUUCGUGCUUGGAGGCAACUAUGCCGGGCAGGGCGAAGCGUCGUGCGGCUGCUCCGGUGCGCUCUUUGGCGUCCUCGCUCUUUUUAUUUUGGAUCUCCUCUAUACGUGGAAGGACCGCCCUUCGCCCUGGGUCGAAUUGAUCAUCAUGAUCUUGGGUAUCGCUGUCUCAUUUGUGUUGGGACUUUUGCCGGGGUUGGAUAACUUUGCCCACAUUGGAGGAUUCAUCAUGGGAUUGGCUCUGGGUUUGUGCCUUCUUCGCUCUCCCAACGCGCUCCGGGAGCGGAUUGGCCUUGCGCGGAACCCGUAUGUGGCCAUGAGCGGCGGUGCUGGCACGCCCACGGCAGAGGACACCCAGAAGGUGGCGUCGGGACCUAGCCUGGUCGACUUUCUGAAAGGACGGCGCACGCGCACGGGUGCGGGCGCCAACAACAAAAUGAACCCGGUGAACUUCUUCCGAGGGCGCAAGCCACUGUGGUGGGCAUGGUGGUUGGUGCGCCUAGCAGCGUUGGUCGCGGUGCUGAUCGGCUUCAUCCUGCUGAUCAUCGACUUUUACAAGUAUCCCAAGUCCAACUGCUCGUGGUGCUACCGUCUGAGCUGUCUGCCUGUCAAUGGAUGGUGUAAAGAUAGCGAAUUAACGACGACAAAAACUUCUUGAGGAUGCUUGGGCUUGGAUCUAGCUAUUUCGUCACUGUUUUAUAUUGGACUGGCAUAUGGUUUUGGUUCUGGAUAUCCCUUGCAAAUUCGAUAUUACAUAUCGAGGCUUCAGUACAUCAAGCGGCGUUUGGAGAGGUCUGCUGUAGCUUAUGCCAGCGUCAUGUUUAUACUAGGUAGGGAUGGCCGUCCCAUGAAAUGCAUUAUGAAUCGAC